CAACCACACAUCAAAUCAAUUGAAACUCCAAAAAGCCAACAUCGUAUCGAAAAGCAGAAAAUCACAAAACUGCCGUAUUAAUCGCGUUGAUGUUUCAUUGUUAAACUUUCGAUCUUGUUUGUUGAUUAUGGACGCACUACUUGAACUCGAUGGCGGAGAUUUUGAUGAUGAACUGCGGAUACAUCGCCUUGGCGAUGCCGCAGCUGGAGAUGCUGGUAAUGACUCCGAAUUUCUGGACCACGGACAGCCACAUCAGUUCCAAAGGAUCGAUCGUGAGAGGGCCAUACACAUAGAUGCUCCACAUGAACCACCCAUAAUCGUACUUCCAGCGGAAGAAGGACCCAAUGGACCAACACGUCUACGCAAAAAGCGUAGUUUCUACACUAUGAUCAAACCAUCACCCAUAUCCCAAAGCCAUGAGCCUGAAAUGUGCCUCCUAAUGGCCAAUGUUACGAGGGCAAUGUAUCACGUUCGGGAAGAUCGCCGAGGCGAGUUCUUUGCCAAUUAUAUGGUCGAGAAUAUGACCAGUCAGAACUACCCCAAUGGUGUGGGUCUGCCGCAGCACUGGGGUCAAUUCUGAUUAGCCAUACUUUGCACGGUGAUCUGGAGAACAUUUAUCGAGCAUCGGCAAGCUCAUUGGGAUCCCACUUGGCCCGAAAUGCACUUCCACUUUCAUUCAACAAAUCACAUCACCCCGAACUUGUCUCUUCUCCUCGGCGAACACGUUUAUCACAAAACUUUGGGACUCGCAAAUGUUCGCGUUUCAAUAUUGUUGAAUAAACAACACUGUUAAACAAGCUCAUAUUUUCAUAUUUGGUUAUUCAAGUUACCAAUUUUCUAAAUUUGCUUAUAAAUUUGUCACCAAAAAACAUGAAAUACUUACGACAAAAAAAUGUUAAAUAAGUUUGAAAUGAAAGAAAUGUUUCCCCUUUAAAUUGAAAAGUUGAAUAAAGAUAUAUACUGAACAUACCCA